AUGACCGUGGCGCAAGUUCCUAAAUACAGACUGAUCGGCGAUCAUCAGUCUGGCGACAGCGCAAGAUUAAGAGCAAACACGCUUCGAUUCUUAUGGUACUCCCUGCUAGCUGCACUUCUGUUGUUAGUGGCCUUUGCUGCGGGGAGAUACCAGGCCCCUCCCGUGGUUCCCUUGGCAACCACGCUCUCCGUGUUUGAAUACAACAGCGCAUUCCAGGACGAAAGAUCUCCCCUGACCAACGGGGGCCAGAACAACCUCACCAGUGACGACGAUGAUCUUCCCCACAUGCUCUCACCGCACCACAUCCGUCAUUGCCUCGAACUACUCCGGUUGGCGUUGAUGUGCCAGCCCGACCUGACCGUGGAGCUCAAGAACGAGACCCUGGGUGGAGUGACGGGAUUUGGGACCGAGCAUCAGUGCAAAAGCUGGGAGGAUCUGUCUCAAUGGAUGGCUCAGUGGGAGUCCUUUGGACUAUGA